AAUUUAUUAAUUUACAGUUCAAAACAAAUGAAAAUCCUAAAGAAAGUUUCAUAGCAUCACCAUUUUCCGUGCUGAUACCACUAGCAGAACUUGCAUUAUACACAAUUGGGAAGUCAUUUGCGCAAAUAACAAAUGUACUGAAUGUCACUAAUAAGGAUGAGAUUCGUCAAGGGAUGAGAAGACUUUUGGAUAAUUUCAAAUUACCUAAGAAUGUAACAUUGAAUUUAGCCCAAAAAAUAUAUGCCAAUAAACAAUUUGAAUUGAGUGAUGCAUUCAAACGAGACACAGAAGUGUACUUUGAUGCUAAAGCAGAAAAUUUAGACUUCAGUCAGAGGGCGGCAGCAGCAAAAGCUAUUAACGAUUGGGUCAGUGCCCAAACAAAUGGUCUAAUACCAAAUCUUGUCGACGAAAGUUUGUUGAGCGAAUUGACACGAUUGGUUUUGGUAAAUGCUAUUUACUUCAAGGGUAAUUGGUUGAGACCUUUUGACCCGAAAAUUACGCAAAAGAAAGAUUUUUACAUCGCAAAAGAUAAAAAUGUAACAGUCGACAUGAUGUACCAGAAGGGUUACUUUAGAUAUAUGGAGAAUCAAGCACUACAAAUAAAGGCAUUAGAAUUGUUAUAUAAAGAUAGGAACUACAGUCUUUUAUGUGUUU